AUGGCGUCGAUGCAAUUGACAGACGCCGAUAUUCCCAACUGCUGUGGCAAAACAGUGGUGAUCACUGGGGGUAGCUCGGGCAUUGGCUUGGCGACUGGGAAGAUUUUCGCUUCUCAUGGUGCUAGCGUCUAUCUACUAGAUCGACAACCGGCUCAGGAUGAGCUUUCGGCAAAAAUUCAAUAUAUAUAUUGUGACAUCACCAACUGGUCAGAUAUUUUGGCGGCAUUUGAGCGAGUGGGAAAUGCGGUUGACAUCCUCGUUGCCAACGCUGGCGUUUCGGAAGAAGUCGACUAUUUCCAGGAUGUUUUGGAUCACGAAGGCAAGCUUGUGGAGCCCCAAUACAGUGUCAUCGAAGUCAAUCUCCGCGGCACUUUGAAUGUCAUCAAGGUUGGACUCAGUUUAAUGCGGCGCAACAAGGUCGCCGGCAGUAUUGUGAUCACGAGCAGCGCGACGGCAUAUUCGCCGGAGCAUUCUUUACCCGUGUACAGCGCAACUAAGCUAGGUCUUAUUGGAGUCAUGCGUGCCCUGCGUGCAACACUUCUCCACGACAACAUCACAAUCAAUGCCGUUGCCCCAGCUGCAACACUGACGGGACUUAUUCCGCCUGAACUUGUUGGGCCCAUUCUCGCCAUGGGGCUGCCAACUAGCUCUGCUGAAUUUGUUGGUCUUGCAGUCGUGUAUUCGGCAGUUGCUCAGGAGACACGUCAGGUCGAGCUGUACGGCAAAGACUCUGAUACCGCCGUCGUGGACAAGAAAGAUCGUUGGAACGGUCGAACAAUUCUUACAUUGGGUGACAAGUAUACUGAACUUGAACAGGCAAUCUCAGACCUCAGGCCCCAAUGGUUCGGGGAGGGGAACACUGCAUUGACCAGAAUGCAACAGAAGGCGACAGACUUCAGAGGUCCAGUGGCGUGA